CUAGGCUGUGAUGGUAGACACUGGCACAGAUUCAACACUACAGCACACCGUCUGUCUGCAGAGGACACAGCGGCACAGACCUCGUCACCAUGACACCACAGAUGCCAUCACAUACUAUUUGAUGCCAAAUUCUGAAACCAAGUGACAGACAGACGACAGACAGAAAGACAGACAGGAUGACGGCAAACGCUCCACGUGACAGGUAUAAAGCGGUGUGGAUUAUAUUCUUCAUUCUGGGGCUGGGAACUCUCCUACCGUGGAACUUCUUUAUGACCGCCACCAUGUACUUCACCAGUCGUCUGAAAGACCCAAACACCAAACGAGAAUUCAAUCAGACAGUGAAUAGUACGGCGGAGAGCGACACGCGUAACGUCCUGGAGUCAAAGUUCAACAACGUGAUGACAUUGUGUGCUAUGGUGCCACUUCUCAUCUUCACCUGCCUCAACUCCUUCAUCCACCAGAGGAUCCCUCAGAAGUGGAGGAUCUCCGGCAGUCUCUCAGUCAUUCUGGUGGUGUUUCUCAUCACUGCAGUGUUGGUGAAGGUGGAGAUGGAGCCCCUGUCUUUCUUUACUUUCACCAUGAUCAAAAUCAUCUGCAUCAACUCGUUCGGGGCGAUUCUGCAGGGGAGUCUGUUCGGUCUGGCUGGAAGGCUCCCGGCUUCAUACACCACACCCAUCAUGAGCGGUCAGGGCUUGGCUGGGACCUUCGCGGCCUUCUCCAUGAUCUGCACUCUUGCCACCGGCUCAGCGUUACAGGACAGCGCUUUCGGUUACUUCAUCACUGCUUGUGUUGUGAUUCUCCUGGCCAUUGUUUCUUACCUCGCCCUGCCCAGAAUGGAGUUUUUCCAGUAUUACUCUGACAGUAAUGGCAGCAGACCCGUCAGCGAUGAGGAGAACAAGAUGGACCUGCUGAAGCCGGAUGGUCCAGCCGAGAAGAGACCUGUUGUGAACCUGACGGAUGAAGACACCAGUCCCACGGUGUCGGUGUUUGCCAUCUUCAAACAGAUCUGGGUGAUGGCUCUUUCCGUAUGUUUGGUCUUCACAGUCACUAUUGGCAUCUUCCCAGCCGUCACCGUCGAGGUCAAGUCCGCUGUGGCAGACGGAGGUGCUUGGGAAACAUAUUUCAUCCCCGUGUCCUGUUUCCUCCUGUUCAACGUGAUGGACUGGGCCGGCCGGAGCCUGACUGCUGUUUGUAUGUGGCCUGGUAAAGACAGCAUCUGGUUGCCCGUCCUGGUCAUGGCACGUGUGGUGUUUGUUCCCCUCUUCAUCCUCUGCAACGUGCAGCCCAGAUACAACCUGCCCGUGUGGUUCGCUCACGACGCCUGGUACAUCAUCUUCAUGAUCCUCUUCUCCUUCAGUAACGGAUACUUGGCCAGUCUCUGCAUGUGCUUUGGACCCAAGAAAGUGUCCCAGCGUGAAGCAGAAACCGCAGGAGCUAUCAUGGCGUUCUUCCUCUCUCUUGGUUUGGCUCUGGGAGCCGCUUUAUCCUUCGGCUUCCGGGCCAUGAUCUAAAACCACGGGCUAGUUCUCCGUGCGAUGAAGAAGACUUGAUCUCUUUGUCACAUACAGAAGCGGAUUUGUUAUUGUAUCUACCACAGAGUCUGAGAGAAUAUGUUUUUGACUGAGAUUCAAGCGUACUUAUAUUACUUUUCUGUGUGGUCUCGAACAAGCUACUAUAGAAAGCGUUACAGACAUUAUUCAGCAGUGAAUGAAAGAGAGUUCCUCUUCAUCAAUAUUACAUAUGCUCAUGAGCCAUCACACACAAAAAAGAGCCAAAACCGGUCGGCAGCGCUUCUCUUUAUGUUCUUUUGUUUUACAUUUUGUUUGUGUGUACUGUUUUGUAUAUUGUGCCAAAUCAACCAAAAGCUUUUGUGUCCGUGUAGUUCAAGGUUACUCAAAUAAGACUUGGUGUGUUUCUUAAGAAUAUGCUUGUUGUAAAUGACCUCAUUACUUGUAGUUGAGUGAUUUCAGAGAUAUGCAGCUGUUGUUUAGGUCAGUAGUUUUACAUAAACCGUACUGUGCAACACCAUAAAGGGUCCCAUAAUGAGUUUUGGGGAUUUAAACCAUAGUUAAUUCUGAAUGUAUUUGACUGAUUUGUUGUUUUUGAAGUGUUUGUCUUUACAGACCUGAAGAUACAAUUCAGUGCGAUAGCGUAUUUUUCUCAUUUUUCACGAAGUCGAGAGUGAAGGCCUGUUACUGUUAUUGAACUGAACAAUUACUUUUAUAGUGUUUUUUUUUUAAAGCUUUUCGUAUGAUAUAUUUUUAAAUCGGCAGGACAUGUGUAUGAUGUAUAGACAUUCUAACAACUUUCUUUGGUGUUUAUUGAAUGAGAGAUUUACAAAACAACAACAACAAUGACAAAAUGAAGAUGAGAGAGAAGCUGGAAGAAAUAAACACAUUUCUGUUUGUAUUUGUAAUUGUGUUGUGUUUGUACGGUGAGCGCUGCAUGUUUGUCUUGUUUUAAGAUGAUUUCUGUCAUUCCUGUGGAAAAAACAAGCAAAGUCUUUUUAAAGUGCAGUUUAACCACAGUUAUCCUCC